CAGACUCAGAGUCAGAGCUCGAGAGAGAGAGAGAGAGAGAGAGAGAGAGAGAUGGCGGCAAUGGCGAGACCCGAUCGGAGCGACGCGCACUUGCCGCCGGAGCAGGAGGCGAAGAUAGAGGAGGAGACGCGCGAGUACUUCGAGGGCAUCGCCCCCAAGCGCCACACCAAACCCUCCAGAAGCGAGUAUUCCUCGGUCUACUCUGAUGCCCUCCAACCCUCCGAUCAGACUUCUAUCCCUGAGCUCGAUAAGCUCCGCGAGCUCGAAUCUCAUCCUCAGAAAUUGGUUUAUAAUGGGACUGAGCCUUCGGAGGAGUACGUGGAGACGGAGUACUACACGGAUCUCAAUGGAGUUGACAAGGAGCACCACACGCAGACUGGAACAGGUUUCAUCAAGAUGGAGAAAUCAAACGACAGCUGCUUUGAGUUAACACCAACUUCUGAUGUUACUGAUGGUCAUAAAUCCUCCAUGUGUAAUCCUGCAACAAAUGAAUGGAUUCCUUCUGCUGAGUCGGUGAUCCCUGUUUCAAACAAACCACAUCGGAGUGAUGCCUGAGAACCAGCAGCAUUUGGUCACAGUUUGAGAUCUCAUUGGCAAUAACAUAUCAUUGUGUUCGCUUCAUUGUUUGCUCCUUAAAAGUUGUCUACCUGGUCAUUUUUAAUGUGUUUCUCUUGGAAUGUUUGCUCAGACAGCAGACUCUCUCUCUCUCUUUCUCGUCUAUUUAAAUUCCACGCGGUGUAUAUCAGACUUCAUUGUUGUCUAAUCUAAUUCCCAUCAAGUUUAUGCUCUGUUUAGAUUUA